CAGUGCAUGCGAGUACGCUGCCUCUCCUGCGGCUUCGUCCGGGCAAAGAACACCACCCGCCAAGUCGAACAUCUUGCCAGCUGCGCCUCGUUCCUCAACAGCACCGAAGGUCAAGCCGCUGUCGCGAACGGCGAACUCGAAAUGACACCUGCCGCACCUCGCCAGUCUUUCGGAGGCGGGAAUGACAUCUGGCGUGGCGGUGCACCAAACCCGAAUCUGCAAGUCAGCCAGACGCCAACUUCGACCAGCCGUGGUGGAGGAAGAGCCUAUCCGAUGCCGCCUCCUCCCAAAGCACCCUCCCUCGUAUCUCACCUCCUCAACAAGUUCCAGGAAAAGUUCAAUGUUGCGACUCAACAGUCUUUCCUCUCUCACGCCGGCUGCGGUACUCUGUCCCACGCAGCUCUCUGCUCCUGGCUCACACAGCAUGGCCACAUUUCUCGAGCUAUGAUUGCCGCCAUUGGAUCACUCAUCGCCAAAGUGUUCCUGCCAGAUGCCGCCAAUACUCGCAUUGCUACGCCAUACCGUGCUCUGGACCUGCUCAUCUCCACGAUCAGCAAUCUUCGUAAAGAGAUCGACUUCAUCGAGAAUACUAAGCGGAAGUAUCGCUUGGACGCUGCGAGUGAGCCGCCGUCGCCGAUGACGAAGGCAUACGUCGAUCUCUUGGCGAGUGCUUCUGAGCCGAGAGCAGAUCUGCUGGAGGGAAUGGUAGCGCUGUGGGCGACCGAGCAUGUAUGCAGCAAUCCGCUCGACCCAUACGCCGCUCCUACCCCUGCUGCCUCUCGAUCUGACCAACAACACGCCACCGCUCUCCGGGAAGCACUCAUUCCGAACUGGACGUCACGAGAGUUCUGCAAAUUUGUCGAUGCAUGCCGCGCGAUCGUGGAUGAGAUUGCCAAUAAAGAAUCAGUCGGCGAUGGACGACAUCAAUUGAGCCGGUGCGAGUUAUUGUACAAGCAAGUUGUAUUUCUGUGGGAGAGAAUCUGGCCGGAGGUGGAUGGUAUGGGCGAGGAGAAGACCGAGGAUGACGUUGCCGGUAAAGCGGCCGGUGCCGAAGGCAAUGGUGAAAGUGGCCAAGGCAAAAAUGCUGGCAACGGCAUCGAGAUUCAGGACGACGGUGACGAUGAUGCGGAUGGAGAUGGUGAGGGUGAGGGUGCAAUCGAUAGUCCUUAUGGAGGAACAGGACUGGAGGCUGUGGCCGCUGCUAAUCGCAGUGGGUGA